AUGGCACCAGCAGUCAAGAAUGCCCGUGAUCACGCCAAGGAAUCCCAAUAUGGGUUCGUGUACGGAGUUUCUGGUCCUGGUAAGGAUUUUGUUGAUUGCUUUAUGUCUUUAGGUAUCUGUCUAAAGGUUUUUUGAACUUUGGGAAAUCCGCAUGAGCUCCUGCAGCAGUGAUUUUAUAUUAUACCAGAGACACGAACGGUUUUGAAAAUAAUUGUUGGUUCUCAUGGUUUAUCCUUUGUUACUUUGAGAUUCUUAGAACCUUUGAUUGGUGUCCUUGCUGUGUUAUAUGAAAACUGACUAAAAACCUUUUAUUUUGGGCGAGUUUCAAGUCCUGUUAUACUAGGCAAGGUGAUCAAAAAUAUUUCUGGUCGGCAUAACCGAAAGAACUGAAAGCCCAUAAAUUUUUGUGUGUAAGUAAGAUAGAAUUCCUCCCGGCUGAAGUUUAUUUAUUUAUUUUUAUUUAUGCCUUUAGAAAAUUUUUAUGUUAUACAUGGUUCUUGAUGUACAAUUUCUGUUUUUAGUCGUAACAGCCGAGAAGAUGGGUGGAGCUGCUAUGUACGAGCUGGUCCGUGUCGGUCACUCCGAAUUGGUCGGUGAAAUUAUCCGUUUGGAAGGUGAUAUGGCGACCAUUCAAGUAUACGAAGAAACUUGUAAGUACAAUAUAUUUUUUGCUUGUUUUUGCUUUUAGUGAGGUAACCUUGGGCUAAAUACUGUGUGUUUUAGCUGCUGUGACCAUCGGAGAUCCAGUGCUUCGUACUGGAAAGCCUUUGUCUGUUGAGUUGGGUCCCGGUAUUAUGGGAAGCAUUUUCGACGGUAUUCAACGUCCGCUGAAAGACAUCAACGACUUGACCGACUCCAUCUACAUCCCGAAGGGAGUCAACGUCAAUGCUUUGAGUCGCGAACAGCGUUGGGACUACGAGCCUAGCAAGGACAUCCGAGUUGGUGGCCAUGUUGCUGGUGGUGAUAUUAUUGGUAUUGUCCACGAAUCCGUCUUGAUCAAGCACAGAAUCAUGGUCCCAUCCAAUGCUUGCGGUACCGUGACCUAUGUUGCUCCUGCUGGCCAAUACACCGUCAAUGUAAGAUAUUUUUUUGAAUUUUUUUCGCUUUAGGUUGAUGGAUAAUAUAAAAAAGGGCGAUUUGAGAGGAUGAGAUGGCUCUAAUUGCUCCAUUUUUGCAGGAUGUAAUCCUUGAGGUUGAGUUCUCUGGAGACAAAUUCAAAUUUGGUAUGUUACAAGUGUGGCCCGUCCGUCAGCCACGUCCAGUCACCGAGAAGUUGGCCGCCAACUACCCACUGCUCUGUGGACAACGUGUUUUGGACGCCUUGUUCCCUUGCGUGCAAGGAGGUACUACCGCUAUUCCCGGUGCUUUCGGUUGCGGAAAGACUGUCAUCUCCCAGUCUUUGUCCAAAUACUCCAACUCCGAUGCUAUCAUCUACGUCGGUUGCGGUGAGCGUGGUAACGAGAUGAGUGAAGUAUUGAGAGAUUUCCCAGAAGUAAGCAGCUUUUCUAUUUGCUUUUUUUUGGUUUUUAGGUGAAGACGAUAUCAGUUUUGUCAUGUGGAAUAUAAUGAUGUCAUGUGCAAUAUACAAAGUUGCUAAAAUUCAUGUUUUAGCUGACCAUGGAAGUCGACGGAGUCACCACAUCCAUCAUGAAGCGUACCGCUCUUGUCGCCAACACCUCCAACAUGCCUGUAGCUGCUCGUGAAGCCUCCAUCUACACUGGUAUCACUUUGGCCGAGUACUUCCGUGACAUGGGUCUGAACGUGGCCAUGAUGGCCGACUCCACCUCGCGUUGGGCCGAGGCUCUGAGAGAAAUCUCCGGACGUUUGGGAGAGAUGCCUGCCGAUUCGGGUUACCCCGCCUAUCUGGCUGCGCGUCUGGCCAGUUUCUACGAACGUGCUGGUAAAGUGAAGUGUUUGGGAUCUCCGGAACGUGAGGGUUCGGUCACCAUUGUUGGAGCGUAAGUAAUAUUUUGAAAAAAAAAUUAUUUUUUGAUAUCUUUUUUCAUGGAUAAUAUAAAAUUUUCAGUGUCUCCCCACCUGGUGGUGACUUCGCCGAUCCCGUCACCUCCGCCACUCUCGGUAUUGUCCAAGUGUUCUGGGGGUUGGACAAGAAACUUGCCCAGCGCAAACAUUUCCCAUCUAUUAACUGGCUGAUUUCUUACAGGUAA